AAUACACAGAUCAAACAUUUAGGAGGCUAUGAUUAUUGCUUUUGAGCAUGCGCGACGAUAUAUUGUGGGAUUUUCAAAUGAAAGCGGAAUAAGAAAGCCACAGGAUGAGCUGGCUGACAGACGAGUGGAAGGACGGGCUUCCAUCACGGGCGCUGCAAAAGAUUUCACAGAUCGAGGCCCAGCUAGAGAAACUCAAGAAAGAGAGGGAGCAGAAACAGUUCCAGUUUGAAAGCUUAGAACAGGCAUUAGCAGUACAAAAGAGAAAAGUAGAGGAAGAAAAGAACAACCAGUCAUCUUUAAAGAGAGAGAACCAGACCCUGUCAGAAUCAUGCCAGGACAUCGAAAACAAGCGACAAAAACUGGCCCAGGAGCUACAGAGCAAAGAAAACCAGAUAUCAUGUCUGGAUGGAAAGCUGUCACACACUAAAGCCCAGCUUGACACAGAGACAGCCAAGGUAAAUCAGCUUCAGUCUGAGUUAGAGAGGUUACAGAGAGAUAACGAUGACCUGGUGAAGAAGAUGGACAAGAUGUCCGCUGACCACGGCAAGCUACAGGAGUACAGCAAGCAACAAAAGGUACAGCUGGAUCAGCAGCAGGAGAAAGUCCGACUACUGGAGGUGGAGCUGAAGAGGCCCGGAGAUAACCGCGAAAAGGCAUCCAGCACAGGGUCCGCCACAUCGGCUGCCAGUGAUAACUUGCUGCAAUUAGAGAUCAAGAAAUGGAAAGAUCUUCAUGAACAAGACAUUGUGAAGAUUGAAAGCAUUAAGCAGGAGUAUGACUUCAUGGCAAAACAGGCAGAAGCACAGAUUGAGAAACUGAAGGAAGAAUUAAAGAAAAGUGUUUCCCAGAACUCUGAAUCUCAGCUGAAAUUAGACAACUUAAAUUUGCUUCAGCAGAAAAGUCAAUCUGCCCCCUUCGGUGCCACUCAGCCCCAGAAUAUAGGAAAUGCUGGUCUAUACCAGAACUCUCUUCCCCCACAGAAUGGUCACCAGAGGGAUAACAACAUAUUCGGAACAUCUCAGAACCAAACCAGACUCAGGAAUGACCACGACAUUUUUGGGACUUCCCAACCACCACAGAACGGGGGAAGGCAACAUCAAGGGUCCUGUUUACCAGGUAAUGUCCCAAGUCUUUCUGAUGGUGAGUGGAAAUUGAACCUCCCUUCCCAAGGGCAGAAAUUUUUACAGCAACUUGAAGACCAGGUAGAAAAACUAAAGAAAGAGCGGGACCAAAAGCAAUUUCAGAUUGACAGUUUAGAGCAGGCACUUGAAAUACAAAAGAGAAAAGUAGAAGAGGAAAAGAAUUCAGCUUCUUCCUUGAAAAGAGAAAUUCAGCAGCUCUCUGACUCAUGUGAGGAGUUGGAAAGAACUCGACAAAAAAUAGCCCAGGAAACCCAAACAAAGGACAACCGGAUAUCCUGUCUGGAUGGACAACUGGCACACACCAAGGCUCAGCUAGAAACUCAGACACAGAAAGCCUCUAAACUAGAACAGGAGCUGGAGAAAAUAAAGAAUAAUGAUCAGGAUAAUUCGCGUAAGGUGGACCAGCUGACAGCGGAGAAACAGAAGCUACAGCAGCAGGUGGACGCAGCCACGCAAGAAGUCCGGCAGAACCAGGAGAUCAUCAGUGCUCUGAAGAAGAAGGAAACAAAUGACCUGAAGAAACUAGAGGAGAAAGAAUCAGAAUUGUACAACAUAAAGUCUGAGUUGAAGAAUACCAAAGACAAUUUAGCAGAGAAAAAUAAACAGAUGACUGAGGCCCAGAGAAGCUGGAGUGUAACCGAGGAAAAACUUAGAACAACUCUGAAUGAGAGGGAGAGUGAGGCCAAGAAAUACAAUGACAAUCUGUCCAACAAAGAGAGAGACAUCAGGGACCUACAGAACGAACUCAGAGGUGUGCAGAACCAGGUCUCCGACAACAAGGCGGCUCUAGAGCGGAAGGAGAAGGAGAUAAACCAGAUGAACUUUGCGCGUGAACAGCAGCAGGGGCAGCUGGACGAGUUACAGUCCAAGCUGAGGAAGCAGCAGGAGGACUACCACUGCCUGCAGACCAAGCACGACCAGCUCCACUCCAGCCACCUGGCCACCCUCAACCAGCUACAGGAGCUCAGGAAGCAGGCCGAGGCUCGCGACCAGAGUCUCGCCGAACAGCAAGCGAGCUUUGACGCCCUACAGGCUCAGAUGACCGAGAAAGAGACAACCUUACUGGGUGAGAUCACUGAUUUACAGACACAGUUGGCUCAGGCUCACUUUGCGACAGAGUCCAAAAACAAAGACAUUACCUCGCUGGAGAUGCAGAUAUUGUCAGUUCAGAUGCAGCUGGAUUCUGUUGCUCAAGAAUCUCAGAAGAAAGUGGAUGAAGCAGAGAAUAAAGUUAAAGAGUUGACAGACAUUAAAGAAAAGCUGAUGGACAUAGAAAGUUCAAAGAAUACAGAGCUGAAAAAUUUACAACAGAAAUUAGAAGAAGCAGAACAAAACUUGAAGAGACUAAGUUCUGAAAUGGAAUAUUUGCAAUCAGAAAAGAAGCAAUUGGAGGAAGAUUGCGGAGAUGUAAAAUCAAAACUACAACAAGCUAGUGAUGCAAUUCGUACUAAGGAAGAAGAAUUAAGUGUGAUUGCCAAAAGUUUAUCUGAAAUGCAAGAUACUUUAGGUAGAGAAAAUGCCAAGUUAACAACAGAUUUUGAGAACUUAAAGAUUCAGUGUAACAAUUUAAUAGAGGAAAACAACAAGUUAAAAGAAGCUUUAGAUAAAAAAGGUGAAAGUAUUACAGAGUUGGAGCACAAAGUUAAAGAAAAAGAGAGUGAAAUAAAGACAAUAGCUUUGAGAUGUGAAGAAUUAACAAAAGAAAAUGAUGAACUAAAAAUGGAGAACUCCACUCUACAAUGUCAGCUGAGUCAGGCAAGUGAAGCUCUGACCUGCAGAGUAGCUGAAUUAGAGGAAAGUAGAACACAGCUUCAAACUGAAAAUAGUAAACUAUGCACUGAUCUCACCAACAAACAAACACAGGUCUCCUACAUGAAUGAACAAAUCAAGAAGAUGAAGGAGGACAAAGAAAAGCACCUACAAGCACUGCAAGUCAAUUCUCAGGAAAUCUCUGCUCUGAAGUGUGAAAUUGAAUCAUUGAAGAUUGAAAAAGAAAAUAUAGCAAAGAUCUCUGAAGAUUUGAGAGAAAAUGAAAGGACAAAAAAUGAAGAAAUAGAGAAUCGAAUUGUCCAGAUAGCACAGUUAGAAUCAGUUGCAGAAAACAGAAAGAGUGAAAUACAGUCUUUGCAGACUCAGCUCUCUGCCAUUCAAAAUGAAAUGUCUGUAGAGCUUACAAAACUCUCAGAAGAAAAAGAAUCAAUUUCCAUAAAACAGGCAGCCAUGGUGGAAAAUCAUGAUAAAUUAGAGCAAGUUCUUCAAGAAAAGAAUAUAGAAUUAGAAACAGUAAGGAAAGAGGUAACUGAUUUGAAGUCAGAACUCCAUAGUCUUCAAAAGUCAAAUGAGACUCUAAGUGAGAAUCUUUCUCAAAGCAAAACUAUGGCAGUAGACCUUCAGCAUAAGCUUGAACAAGAAAGUUCUGUUGUAACCUUGAAAUCAAAGGAGUUAUCUUCAGCUUUAAUGGAAGUGGAGCAGUUGCAACAGUCAGCUGAUAAACGGUCACAGAAACUUGUAACUGAGAUAGAAGACCUGGAGAAGACCAACAAAGACUUAGUAGAAGCCAGGAUUUGUAUGCAAGGUUCUUUGAGGGCUCUAGAAGAAGAAAAGGAAACUCUGCAAAGACAUAUUACUACCCUUCAGGCUGAACAGUCUUCAAUAUGCUCAAAAUUAGAACAGAGCUCACUUGAAUUGACAGAUCAAGCUACGAAGUUGGGGGAAUUGUCCAUGAGUCUUCAACAGGCCAAUGAGGCUGUGUCCAUCAAGGAUGAGGAGAUAAAGAAACUGAGUGAAGAGUUGAAAACUCUGAAUCAAACAACUUGCUUGGAAAUGGAAACAAGAGCAGAGUCUUUAUUACAGAAACAAAGUGAAAUAGAUUCUUUGAAAGAGCAGUGUGAAAACCUAAAGCAACUGUGUGAGGUUAAAAGUGAAAACAUUUUGAAAUUAGAAGCUAAGCUAAAUGAGUAUAUCCAGACACAAAAAGCUCUGCAUGCUGAUUUAGAGAGACUAACUGAAAAGGCUGGUAACCAAGAAACUGAACUUGAAGAUUUAACGACAAAAUGCAAUCAGGCAGAGGAAGUACUGAAAGAAAAGGAAAACAUAAUUUGUUCUCUGCAGAAAGAAGUCAAGGAAACUCAAAGUAAAUUUGAAUGCAAUAUGGAGAAAAUUUCAUCUGAAAAUUCUGAAUUGAAAGUUCAGUUAGAUCAACUGUGUUCAGAAAAGCUAAAAGGAAAUGAGUUGAUUGAGAGUGCCAUGUCUCAGAGAGAGGGUCUGUUGGGAGAACUCAAAGAAAUGAAGGAGGCUUUGCAGAAGAUGGAAGCCAAGCAAGAAAUGCUGCAGAUGGAUAUGGAGGAUAAAGAUGAAUGUCUAGAAGCUUUGGAGCAAAAAGUCUCAAUGAUGGAAGAAGCAGCAGUAAGCACGAAAGCAGCUUCUGAAGAUAAAGACAAAAUGAUAUGUUCACUUAAGUCAGAGUUAGAACAAGCCAGUGGAAAAUUGGAUUUAGUUAUGAGUGAAAAAGAGGCCUUGGAAACACAGCUAAAAGAAAGCAAUCUUCAUUGUGAGCAGCAAUCGUCAGUCUUAGAGGCAGAGCGUGUUGCUUUGGAGAAGAAAUCAGAAAAUUUUUGGCAGCUACAGAGAGAAUGUGAGGAACUGAAAUUAAAACUGGAUUCAGUAUCAGACAGUGAGAAGGAAAAAUCCAGUAACCUUGAGAAACUUCAGUCUCAUAUUGAGGAUCUUGGAAAAUCUGUGGGAAAGUAUCAGCUGGAAUUGCAGGAAGGUAAAGAUAAUAUCAAGAUAUUGGAAUCACAGUGCAGCAAUCUUCAAGAUGAAUGUACAAACAAAGGACAGAUUUUAACAGAAAAGCAGGAAGAAAUUGACAAACAAGUUGCUCAUAUUAAUACAUUGGAAGAGACCAUAGCUCGGAUACAAGAGAAACUCGAGAACAUGAAUGAAUUAAACACAAGCAAGGAUAAUAGAUGUGCACACCUAGCUGAAGAGUUAAGUGAUCUUCAGCAAGAAUAUCAAGCAAAGAAGGAAGUACUAGAGCAGCAGAACAUGUCCAUUGAGACUUACACCGAGAAAGUCAAACACAUGACACAGGAAUUGGAGGAACACGAGAGACAAAGGUGUAAAGAAAGUCGUGACCUCCAAAUUAAGUUACAGUACAAACAAGAUGUGCUUGACAGGAAGGUUUCCGAGCUCCAGAAGCUAAAGACUUCAUUUGGUGACAUGGAAAAUGCUGUCAAAAACUCUCAGAGCAGAUUAGAAGAGAAAAAUGCUGAAAAUCAUUCCCUCCUUACUGAGAUGGACAAACUACAGAGGGAGCUAUAUGAGGUCAAAGAUUCCAUUGUAGAGAAAGAAAAGUUACUCCAAUCUCAGAGAGAUGCCAGUGAGAUAAUGGAGAGGAGACUGAAUGAAACUCUUCAAGUAAAGAAUCUUGCUGAGGAGACUCUAGAUCAGGAAUCUACAAAAUUGAAAUCUAGACUUGACAAGUUAGAAUCUGAAAAAGAAGAAUUAGAGUCCCACAACACAUUGUUCAAAGAGCAAAUUGAAAACCUUAAAACUCAGAUGCAUGAGAUGAAGACCUGUCUUGACAAAAAGGAGCAAGAAUUAUCAAGCAAUGUAAAUGACUGUUUGACAAUGGAGAGAAAGCUUGCAGAGACUUCUGAGGCCAAAAAUGAUCUACAACAUCAGUGUGAACAGUUGCAAGGAGACAUGGAGGCUAAACAGCUCCAGAUUCAAUCCAUGCAAAACCAGCUUGAGGAAAAGGCAAAUCAUAUUUCAGAAUUGUCUGCAGUUAUAGAGACAAAAGAGAUGUCAGUUACUGAACUUCAGGAGCAAAUUGUUGACCUCGAAGAAAGUAAAUCAUCCCAGAAUAAAACUUUCAUUGAUGACAUGUUUCAGAAGGACAAAACUAUUGAGUCAUUGGAAGCCACCAUUCAAGAUGUACAAGGUCGUCUUCAAGAAAAACAACAGCAUCUGAAAACUGUAGAGUCAGAUAUGGAAACUCAAUCAGCUGAAUUCAAUAAAAAGUUAGAACACUUCCAACAACAGCUUCAAAGUUCGCAAGAUGAGAUUUAUCAACUUAAGGAUAAGCUCAAAACAGCAUCUACUAAAGAGUUUGAAAUCACGCAAAAACAUUCAGAGGCAGAUGGACAGGUGUCUUUAUUAUCCUCCAAGAUUGAAGAGCUUUCCACACAAAGUGAAUGUCAAAUCAAAAGACUUCAAGAUAAAAUCACCGUUCUGGAGAAAGACCUAUCUGAGUUUACCACCAAUAAUGCUGGAAUGAAAAACAAAUUAGAAGAAUUUGAAUUCCAGAAAAGUAGAAUGGAGGAGGAGUAUAAAGAAACAAUGAGGCAAAAGUCUGAACUGGAACUUGAUGUCACUGACAAAGUGCAAAAGAUUGAAAAGUUAGAAGACCAGAUUCGAGAACUUGUGUUGCAGACACAAGCCCUUUCCUCAGAAAAAGAAAAGCUUCAGUAUGAAUUAGAUGAGUCCUGUAAGGAAAAACAAGAACAAGUGAAUUCAUUAUCGGAAAAACAUGAGAAAUUAGAGGAAGCUUUACGUGAGAAGGAAUUAACUAUCUUUGAAUUGAAUGAUAAGAUUGUAAAGUUAGAACAAGAUUGUGAUGAAGCAGAGAAUGUCAGGAGUUUACUGAAUGAGGAAAGGGAAGAAUUACAACAAAAGUUACUUAGAGUGGAAGAACAACUCUCAGAAGUGGAAAUGAAUAGUGUCAAAAACAUGGACAAGUUACAGAAUCUUGUUUCUCAAGAAAGCAAUAGUCAAGACCAGAUAAAUCAAUUGGAGGAAGAAUCUAGAUCGCUCAGAGAAACAGUGGAAAGUCUAGAGAUGCUGAAGAUAGAACUGACAGAAAAACUCACAAAUACAGAAAGCAAACUAAAUCAGACAGAAUUAGAAAAUGCAGAAUUAACAGCUGCUCACCAGAGGGCCAUCAGCCAGAUUGAAUCUUUGAAUGAUGAGAUCCAAAGGCUAGUGGAAGCCAAUGAGCAAAAAGCACUGAAAACUCAAGAGGCAGAGAACCUGAUAAAGGCUAAAGAGUGUGAAGUUUCUGACAAGGAUAAUAUUAUUGCUGAGAUGGAAAGUAGAAUAGAAGAUAUGAUGAGGGACAAAGAUACCUGUGAAUCACAGAGACAGGAUAGCAUUAGUGAACUAAACACUGAGAUAGAGUCUCUCCGAGAAAAGCUUGUCAGUGCUGAAUCUAGCAAAGAACAGUCAGAAGCAUCGAUUAAGACAAUUAAUGAUUCAUUUGAAGAAGUAUGUAAGAGGGAAGAAGACUUGAAAUUUGAAGUCUCUCAGUUAAAACAGUUGGAAGAAGAAUUAAAGAACAAGAUUUCAGAGAGCUUAACGAAUAUAUCAGCAUUUGAAGAUCAAGUUCAUAGUCUUAAGCAGACUAUUGAUGCCUUGUCAAGUGAGAAGGAAGUCUUACAAAGCAAACUACAAGAAGCUGAAUUAGUCAUUGAAUCGAACCAGUGUUCCUCUCAGGAUGUUCAACAACAAUUGGAUGAAUUGAGAAGCCAAAAGGCAAUGCUACAAGAAUCUGUUACAUCUCUGCAAAAUCAAAACAGGGAACUUGAAGAAAGGCAUUCUCAGUUGAUCCUAGAAAUUGAAACAUUAAAAAAAGAAACAGAAGAGUUGCAAGUAAGACAUAUGGAUGAAAUUGAACAAAAACAAAUCAUAGUUUGUGAUCUGGAGGACAAAAUAGAGAAAAUGCAGAAACAGCUACAAGAUAAAGAAGUUUCUGAAAAAAGACAAGAAGAACACUCUGAGAGUAUUGCUAAAGAACUUCAAGAACUUAAUGACAAACUUUACAAUAAAGAUCAAGAUAUAGAAGAAUUAGAGGAAAAAAAGAAUACAGAAAUGGAGAAAUGCAGAGAACUAGAAUCAAAGGUGAGUGAUCUGCAGUUACAACUCACAACUGCUGAAGAUGAGAAUGCUCAGCUUAACAGUGAACUACAGGCAGUAAGAGAGGAGUUUACUCAGCGUAUUGAAAAUGCUGAGGAAAAACUCCAAAUGACAGAAGACAAACACAAAGAUAUUGCAUCUUUGUAUUCAAGCCAUGAGGCCAAUAUGAGUGCUAAAACCAAAGAAAAUGAAGAAUUGUCAUCUCAAAUAGAAAGUCUUACCAAACAAGUAGCUGAAAUGGAGGAGAAGAUUUCAGAACAAAACACGCAGAAAACUGAUCUUGAGGAUGAGCUGCAGAACUUGAGAAAUUACAUCAGUAAUUUGGAAGAGGAGAGGAGUUCACUGGAUUCCCAGAUCAGUGCAUCUCAAUCAGAGCUUCAGUGUACACAGACAUUCUCCCAACAGGCUCAGCAGCAGGUUGAAGAAGCCAAUGAAAAGUUCACGUCUCUACAGGAAACUGUCCAGGAAUUAGAGGCAGAGAACCAAGAAAGUAAAAGCAUUGUACAGCAGUUAAAGAUAGAGAACCAGAGACUGCUUAUAGAGGCUGAAGAAAGGGAGACCAAGCUGAAAGGGGAUCUGGAUGAACUGCAAAAUAGAUAUGAUCAGCAACAGACUGAGCUGAACUUGUCUCAGAAAACACAAGAGGAUCUGAUGAACCAGUGUAAAAUGUCAGAAAACAGAUUGGCUGAAAUUGAAGAGGAAUUAUCUCAAAGUAAACAGAAUUUAUCAAAUUUGCAAGAUAAAUUAGACUUGAAGAGUCAAGAACUAGCGGACACUAAAGAAAGGCUUGUGGAUAGCAAUGAAUUUCUAAAGCUUGAGAAUGAAAAUAAAGAACUGAAAGAAAAGAUUGAGGCAUCUGCAAAGGAGUUGGAACAAACUUAUUCAGAGUUAGAACUGAUGAUUAUAGAAAAAGGAGAAGCUCUGCAAGAUUUGGAUAUGGUUAAACAAGAGAAAGAACAGCUGAAUAAAGAAAUAAUGGAAUUAAACAGGAAAAUAAAUAUGUUACAGGCAGAAGUGGAAGAAAAGGAGGCUAGAGUUCAGGAGCAAAAGCAGAGGUUGGUGUCGGUGACUGAGGAGUGUGGAGGGGAGGUCAUGGAGAUUAAACAGGUGAUCAGCUCCUCCCUGGAGCCAACCAUUGUAGAGUAUCAGGGCAUUGUGAAGGAAAAGAAGAAACAAAUCGUAGAGAAAGAAAACGAAUUGCUGAAGCUCAGGGGAAAGCUGGCUGAAAUAAGUGAUAAACUGAGUGAAAAAGACUCUGAAAUAGCCAGUUUGUCGGAAACAUGUGAAAGAUUAACCAAAGAGAAGCAAGAACUACAGUCCGAUAUGGGAACUUAUCAAGAUGCCAUGGAAAGCUUGGAGAAAGAAAAUGAAGCAUAUUUAGCAGGGAAGAAUACAUUAGAAUCUGAAUUGAAACAAAUAACAACAGAGCAUGAGGAGGCUCAGCAUAUGAUAGAUGUACUUAAAAAUUCUAUGAAGGAACUGGAGACAACUCAACAGAAGAAACUGGAAGAAACAGAACAGUUGUGGAAAGAGGAGAAGGAUAGCAUGAGCAGUAAGAUAUUUUCCAUGGAUGCUGAGAUUAUGGAACUCACAGACAAACUCUACAGUCAGUCACAACAAGAUUCGGUAUCAAAGGAAGAAAUGGAUGCAUUACAGAGUAAGAUACGGGAAUAUGAGGAAGAACAUUCAAAUCAUGAAAAGGAGAUUCAGAAGCAUUUGAACAAGGUUGAGGAACUGAGGAUUGAGCUGGGUCAGAGUAAAGAACAGCUCGCUUCUUCAGAGAUCCAAAACAGCAAGUACGAGGAGGAGGUGGGCAGUCUGCAGCAGCAAGUGAACGAAAGUAAAGAAAAGCUGGAGGAUGUACAGACGUGUCUACAGGCCAAGGAAUUGGAAGCUCAGGACCUGGAGCGUCUGAUUGCUGAUAAAGACAGGGAAAUCUCAGACCUGAGGAAGCAGAAUGACAACAAGGAGAAGGAGAAAGGGGAGCUUCUGUCAGAGUUCUUGAUUCUAGAGGAUCGCAAGGCAGAGCUGGAAAAGACGGUGGCUUCAAUGGAGCUAGAGUUUGCUGAUGCAAAGAAAGAGGAGAAAAACAGAGUUGAAGAACAAAUUGAGAAAAUGAAGAUGGAGCACAAUGAGGACAUCCUGAAACUCAAAGACAUGAUACAAAUAGAGUCAACCAAACAACUGGAAAUGAAAGAAGAACAUUCAAAGAUUCUCUUAGAGUUGAAAGAGAACAAUAGAAGUCAGAUACAGGAGCUGAAGGAUAAACAAAGGGAAGAGAUGGCCAAAGUACAGGAACAGUACGAGGCGGAAGUCAGUCUACUUAAGGACUCGCUGUCCCAGCAUUCCACUGUAGAGGAAAAAGAAGACAGAAUGAAAACCGAGAUAGACAAGCUGAAGUCGUCACUGGAGAAGUACAGACAUCAGGAGCAGGCGGCGGAGAGGAAGGAGAUUGAGCUGAGUGAGAGGAUAGUGGCGCUGGAGUCCCAGAUACAGAAAUCCAAGGAGCAGAGCAACAAGUAUAAUGAGUAUUUGUCCAAGUGGGAGAACAAGUGUACCCGCUUAUCCACAGAACUGACAGCGGAAAAAAACAAGAAUCGCAAACUAAAGGAGACAAUGGACAGCAAGAAAGUGGAACAAGAGGAAGAAGUGUCAAAACUCAAAGAUGAACUCAAACAGUUGCACCACAGUGUGGAAAACCUCAAGAAAUCAAACACAUUGAGCAAGUCCUCAGAGAAGAAAAGAGGGAUAUCCUUGUCCCGGUCCCCUAGGUCAGCUAUCACCCCCACCGGUAAAGGGGAGUCCGUGGGAAUUGGUGCCCAUCACACUGUACCCACUACUGCGGGGCCUGGCAUUGUUAAACCAGAACCCAGGGUGCCCCAGGUAUCGGGGAGAGGCUCACAGACCACUAACAAGUCUCCCAGGGGGAGGUCACCCAAUCACAGUUCACAGUCGUCCAAGUCGUUGUUCUCCAGGGAUAAAAUACAGCGGACCGGGGAGAAGAGUGCUUUUAUAGGGAAAAGUCAAUUUGAGACUGUGAUAAAACCAGUUGUGACGAGACAAAGUGUCAUAGCCAUAGGAUCUGGUUCAAGUUCGUUUCAACCUGUGACUUCUAAAUCAUCGAGUAGUGUAUUGUCUACAGAGAGUGUGAGUACAGUGACUUCCGUGGUCAGUGGCAGACCCGUGAACUCUACUAGUGCUGUGUCAGACCGGGUCAAAACCAAGGGACUUUGGAGUGUCAGCCCCACUCAGGAGACUGUUCCUGGGGGUCACUCGUCAGAGAGACCACGUGCUGGGGAGAAGAGACUCUCGUCUGAAUCCCAGGAUGAGCUUGCUACAAAGAAAAUGAAGAGUUUAAAUGGUGUAGACAGGGUGGAAAAACGACCUCUGCAGUCUAUUACCAAUAGUCCAGUGAAAAAGAGGCCUGAAGAAUUGGAGGAUACUAGUGUGGGGCCCGCUAAGAGGGCACUCAGUCUAAAAAAGUCUCCCGGUCGUCCGUCAUUGAAAUCUAACAGUGAGGCCGUGUCCACCGAGGAACCAAAAGAAGAAGAGGAUUGUGUCAUCCAGUAGACAGUUAUCUUCUGACAGUAACACUGUCAUUGUGUGGGCGUGUACUGACAAAAACUGUUGUCAGUAGCAGGUGUUCACUGACAAUAAUAUCUCUUUUGUCAGUCUAAUGUUCUAAUGAAUGCACUGACACUUACUCUGUGGGACCUAAGUGUGGGUGUUCUUAUGAAUUCAGCUACAUGAAUUUUUACAAUACGUACCAAGUGAGUGACAUAUGGUUGUUCUAACCGAAUGUACUGACAGUGUCAGUGUAUUCUUGCAACUAUACUGUCUGACAAUAGAUGUAACAGGAAGUAUGGAUGUUCUAGUGAAUGCUCUAACAGUCUAUUUAUUCUGAUGACUAUGCUGACAAUGGGUGUAGCAGGAAGUAUGGAUAUUGUGAUCAAUGCUCAGUUAUUUAUCCUGCCUGUUAUAAGUUGCAGGAAAGUUUAGGUGUUCUAUUGAGUUAGCUGUCAAUGAUGAUGUCCCGGUUACCGGGAAUGAUACACCUGUUAGUGUGUGUGGAUGUACGAAAACGGUACUGAAUGCCUGGUGUGGAUGGAAUCUUUAAUUUAACUGCAUGUUUAAUUAGUUUCCAGGUUUUGUAUAUUAUCAUAGGAGUAUUCCUGAUCAUGAAGAAUUAAUUAGUUACAUGCUUUUUAUCACGUAGACAUUUUUCAUUUUUUUUUUCAACUUUCCCCUGUGCUUUUUUUAUUGAUGAAUGUUUUAUUUGUUUUGUAGGAGUUUUGUUUUAGUGUUACAUGUACAUUAUUUGUAUUCGUUUAAAACUGUUAGGCCGGCCAUUUCAUACAGAUUGUUUAGUGGUGGAAUUCUGUCUGGAGUGCCUAGACAUAGAAUGACAUGGCUGAAGUGAGACAGCCAAAAUAUGUUUAGUGUCGAUGGAAAGACAGAUUUCACCCCGAUUACAUGCGUGUUUGUUGUUGAUUGGUAAACCAGAUGAUCCAAAUAAACAAAUGGUCUGAUUUCUGUUAAACAAUUUCAAUACGUUGAAAGGGAACAACAGUAUAGUUUGUACAUGAAUUGUUCGUUAUACUCCAUCACCAGUACUUUAAAGUCUACCUGUGUAUGUGCUAUGCUCUUACUUUUUCCUUCUAACUUUAUGUACUCAGUAUGUGAACAAAAGAAUACACGUUUAACAUACCA